UAGCCCUGUAAAGUGUAAAGUGUAAAUACAGAUCUUUUCUCCUCAUUUCUCUCCAAUCUCAGCCAAAAUUCGUCCAUCCCAGAUACAAAAAUCAAGAAUCUGAUCAAUCUUUCAUCAAAUUCUUCCAAAAUGGGACUCUCAAUCAACAGCCCAGAUUGCAACAAUGUAGCAAAAUCUCACUACCACACACACAAAAUCUUCCUGCUCAGCAACUACAUCCUCUUGGGUGCAGCCUCUAGUUGCAUCUUCCUGCUUCUCUCCCUCCGGCUAGUCCCCUCGGUCUCCGGCUUCCUUCUCAUUCUCCUCCACGUUCUCACCAUCGCUGGAGCCGUUUCCGGCUGCAGCGCCGCCUCCGGUGGCUCCAACAAGUGGUAUGCUCUGCACAUGGUGGCCACCGUGCUUACCGCAAUUUUUCAGGGAUCUGUUUCUGUGCUGAUCUUCACCACUACUUCAAACUUUCUGGGAGCUCUGAAAUCUUAUGUCAGAGAAGAUGAUGCUGCUGUGAUUCUGAAAUUGGCUGGAGGGUUGUCCAUUGCCAUCUUCUGCUUGGAAUGGUUGGUUCUGGUUCUGGCAUUUGUGCUCAGAUACUAUGGCUUUGUGGAAGGCAACAAUGGGAGUAGAGCUCAAGAUGGUGGGGAAAAUAGGGGCAAGUGGGCUUCUCCAUUUCAGCCAUUCCAAGUCUAGAGAUGAUCAUCAGAUUCCAUGGUGUCCAAUUAUCAGAAGCACUACAUAUUUAAGUGUUUUCCUUUUUGUUGAUCAAUUAAUUGUUGUUGUAAUAUUGCUAUUGCAAUUAAUUAAAUUUAUUUUUUUAAUUAAA